CGAUCUGCAAUGGAGGAGGAGAUGAACCAGGCAGAGGACGAAGGAUUGCGAUCGGGUACCAUCUCCAAACUCUGCAAACAGCGGACCCCCUACAGCGUCCUCAAACCAUUCCCUGGCAGGAAGACGAUGACCAGGAGGUACGAAAGACCCACCAUGAUCGAGAUCCCACAACUGGCCAUCGGGACUGGAGGAGGAGGGGCUCAUCACCAUCACCCGCCGGUUACCAUCAACACUGAGCAGCAGCAACAACAGCAGCAGCAUCACUUCCACCAUCAGCAGCAGCAGCAGCAGCAUUAUCCAUACCAGAGCAUCUCGAACAACAGGAUAGCCCCUGGAGCAGUAUCAGCAUCAACAUCUACAUUAGCUUCAGUAUCUCAAUCUUACCUAGGAGCAACGGCUUCUGACUAUCCGCCUGUCAGGUACAACAACAUACCUACAAGCCAAUCAGGAGCUGAAAACAUCAUCCUAAGUGCAGAGAGUCGCUUAAUACUUGAUGCCUUUGCACAGCAAUGCAGUCGAGUCCUGACACUCCUAAAGGACAAUGGAAAACUUCUGGACACCAACCAAACUCAAGUCAAAAAAGAGAGUGGGUGUUAUGAUGAGCGCACGGGACAGUGUCAGCUGGUCAAAGGUGCCCCAAUGCAGCCACGGGCAACGGACAAUUCAGAGAUGGAGUUACAGAAUGUGCAAAAGAGACAUCAAACCUCGGCCUUGCUUCGUGUGUUCACUGAUUCUCUUCAAAGUUACCUACUUGCUGGGGGGCGACCAUCACAUAGUACUAUUGGGAUGAGUGAAUGCAGUCACAUGACAGACAUGGAUCCGCUUUCCACAUCUCCCACCCAUACUUUGGGAGGGUGGACAUCCCCAGCAACAUCAGAAUCUCACGUCCAUCCAUCAUCCACAUUCCCCGAGGAAGAGGAAGAAGAUGGCUAUUGUCAGAGGUGCCAAGAGUUGGAGCAGGAAGUGGUUUUACUGCAACAGGAAAAUGAGGAACUAAGGAAAACCUUGGAUCGAAUUCCAGUGCCCUGUCAGACUGUUCUUGAUUACUAUAAGACUGUACUCCAGCACCACAAUCAACUAGUCCAACCAGUCUCAGAGGAGCAGCCAACAGAGGGAAACAAACAGUUGUUGAACAACUAUCCUGUCUGCAUCACUAGCAAGCAGUGGGAUGAGGCGGUCAAUUCAUCUAAAAAGGAUGGCCGUCGACUUCUCCGAUACCUCAUCAGAUUUGUGUUUACAACGGAUGAACUGAAAUAUUCAUGUGGACUGGGCAAAAGGAAAAGAUCAAUGCCACUGGGGGAGCCAGGACCCGAGCGACGUCCUCUCGAUCCUGUCAAAGUAACCUGUCUCCGAGAGUUCAUUCGGAUGCAUUGCACCUCCAACCCAGAUUGGUGGAUGCCUUCAGAAGAACAAAUUAACAAAGUGUUCAGUGAUGCAGUUGGGCAUGCUCGCCAAGGUCGUGCUGUGGGAACUUUUCUUGGUGGUAGCGGUGGUUCCUACUAUGAAGGCUAUGAUCCUCAAAUGUCACAUGAGGAAAUGUUUAACAAGGGCUGCCAUGAAGGAUCUGGAGACUAA